GCAGUGCGGCGCUUCCGGCGGCGGCGGGCGGCGGACGGGCCGGGCCGGGGCGCGGCGCGGGGGAGCAUUGUUUUGAAGAAUGUCUGGAAGUUUCUACUUUGUGAUAGUUGGUCAUCAUGAUAAUCCCAUAUUUGAAAUGGAAUUUCUGCCUCCUGGAAAAGUAGAGUCAAAGGAUGAUCAUCGCCAUCUCAACCAGUUCAUUGCCCAUGCUGCUCUUGACCUCGUAGAUGAGAACAUGUGGCUUUCUAACAACAUGUAUUUGAAGACUGUGGACAAGUUUAAUGAAUGGUUUGUUUCUGCUUUUGUCACAGCUGGACAUAUGAGAUUUAUAAUGCUUCAUGAUGUAAGGCAAGAAGAUGGAAUUAAGAACUUCUUUACUGAUGUGUAUGAGUUGUAUAUAAAGUUUGCAAUGAAUCCAUUUUAUGAACUCAAUACUCCUAUUCGAUCCACUGCCUUUGAAAGGAAAGUCCAGUUCCUUGGGAAGAAACACCUUUUAAGCUGAAUAAAUAAAUCUCCUGAGUGAGUGCUUUUCCCUGCUUUCCUGAUUGUUUGAACUGUACUUCAUCUGGUUAGUCCCCUACAUGUUUUAUAUUCAUCUUCUGAAGACUGACUAAUUGGAUGCUGAAGCAGCUUUUUCUUUUGCUGAUAUAGAUAAGAAAAGCCAAGCUUCUCUGGUUAAAAAGGUAUAUCUCAAUAAGUUUCCUUUUAUAUUACAUGUAAAUGAGGUUUUAAACUGUCAGAAGCUGCAGAGGUACAAAAGAAGAAACUGAGACAACUGAGGCAUAUGCAAAGUGUAAGCCUCUGACAUAGGCUGAGAGGAAAUCAGACCUAAAUGCAAAAGAUGUUGCCAAUCAUCUGCUUUAGUAUGAGCAAAAGGGAAUUCUUGACUGUUUGGCCUAAGUGCUUAAUUUUAUGACAAACUUUCCUAGUUGUAUUCCUUCAGUAGAGAACUCACUCUGCAGACUAACCAGACUAUUACACUCUGUGGUAGUAAAUCAAGCCUCUAUUUAUUCAUAUGUAAUUGUAUGUAUAUAAAUUACUCAAUAAAAUAAUUGAUAGAUCAGAAAA